AAAAACGUCCAUCGGGAAUCCUAAAAAAAAUCGGUUUUUUUUGCGGCCCUCUAAUAUCCGAAUAUGUAACGCCGGUAGGGAAUAGAACAAUAUAUUUUCCGAGGUUGAACGCGCAUUGAAUCAAAAUCAAAUUACGCUUUCCUGUUGCAUUUAACUAUCGCACUUUGUAGUAGGUAUCAAUCACCACCGAGUCAUCCACCAGUAUAUGCCUAUAACCUUUCAAUCAAAAAACAAUUGGAUGAAGGUGAUACGAGAAAUUGUUACAAUUGAGUGAAUGCAAAUUUGCGUGAUAACACCUAAAAAAAAAAAAAGUAAAUAAAAUAUAAUAGAUAUAACAAUGAAAUAACAAUGAAAUAAAAAUAUUUAAAAAAUGUAAACUAGAACAAUACAACUUAAAAGUGUAAAUUUAAUAUCCACAAUGCAGUUAAUGACAAUAAAUUCGUUAUUGAUGUUCGAUCUUGUAUUUCUAUUCUUUUUAUUUCUUGUGGGUGUAUCAUGCUUAGUUUACUAUUUACCUGGAAGCCGGGGCUCAAUAUCCCUUUCUCACGAGAUUAUCAAUGCGAGAGUACCCCCGCGUGAUGAUGAACCUCUCGAUGAUGUAUAAGAAUGUCAGUAGAUUCAGGAAGUACCGCACUUCCGGUUUUAGCAGGAGACAUUCUUGCACUCAGGGGAACAGGAUUGGCUGCUGCCGAAACAUGGGCUCUUCUUUGCCAAGCUGCCCAGGCCCUCCAAGACCUAUUUCUCUCCAACAGCGGAGUUGUUGGAAGCGGUUCACGGGCGGGGCCGGUGGUGACUCCUCACACACUUGAACUCACACCUCGGGGUAGAGUUAUUUUGCAGAUGGCGUCUCCGGAAACAGCCAGGGCGUAUUUACCACCGGAGUAUAGACCCGGUCGUUUGUAUUCAGACACUGAAUCCGAAAAAAUGUGGAUGUACUCUCUGGGCCGUGCGUUAUUGGAUACCACCCCACGGGUCGCUGCCCUUACAGGUUCAGUGUCAGUUUCACCGCCUUCGGCACUACAGUCUGUUUUAGCAGCUAUGAUUGAACCGGAUCCGCAACGACGUGCUUCUCUCAUGAAUCUUCUUGAUGUAAUAUCAGAGUAUUGUCGUACACGUAUGAUAUCAAAGCCCUUCACUCGUAUAGUAAUGGACAUGUACCGUGAAGUUAUAAGAUCGCCUCAGUACAUAGCCCGUAACCGAGCGGCGUCCUCACGUCAAUUACAUCCUCAUCGCUGGAAUCAACGUACCGAAAACAAUGAAAAAUCAAUUCCCCCAAGCUGUAACUACACAAAGCCUCACCACGUCAAAGGACAGAUUUUCAAAGCUCAAUCACGCAAUUCACGGUCUCAUCCCAAUCUUCCGAGUGUCCUCGAGCCAUCGACGUUGCACCUCACCAAGCAUCAAUUUAAAUCCCAAACAGAUAUUAAAUCCAACGGGGCGUUAUUAACAGACAAAACACCCAGUCACAUUCGAACCAACUCACAGCCGAUAUAUUCCGAGUGUCCCAACAAGCCCGCAAACGAUUCCGAGAUACUAAACCUAGCAAACCGUAAAACCGAUGAAAAGAUUCCAAUCAGUGUCUACAGCGAGCCGAUUUACGCUUUUCCCGUAAAGCCGUUCCUUAGCUCCCAGGAUGUACGCGUCAACGGGCUAACCGUCAAGCACACUCAAAAUCAAAACAGUCACUACAUCCGACCCAAUGGAAAGAUAAAUCUAGAUCCUACCACAGCUAAUAAUAACUGCAAUUACAAUCCAAAUCCUCAAAAGCACAUUAAAGAUUCUCAUCUUGGCCAAGUGCCAUUUCGUAGCAUAGAAAUUAUACCCGACUCUUCCCACCAAAAUCGCCCGGCCCAUCUUGCCUUACAUCGGCAGUAUUCAAGCCCGCAAAUUCAGAGCCGUAAUUUAGCAGGACAAAACUUGAGAAGCAAUUCAGUAGAGUCGAUAAUAGAAUCUCAAAAGCAGUAUCACAAUCAACACCAACAAAAGCAAAAGCUCUAUCAAAAUCCGGAUAAAAUAUAUCACUCGCAACCGCAAGAACAGAUGGAACGUCACCAAGAAUCUACUUACAACGUCCAAUCUUCAGUAGUUAACAACGCAGUGACAAAUUACUCUUAUCCGGGAGUUAUCUCUCUACCCGAGCCUCCCAACAACCCACCGCCACCCAAACCACCUCGGAAUCUCCAAGUACGAAAUGGGCCAAGGGCUCGUCGUGGUAAACCCGUACAACGAGCUCCAUCGCGGUUAUAUCGAGCUCUUGGUGGUCCAGUACGUUGUCUGAACAAGACACAAUGUGUCGGUCCGGAAUUUGUAGUACGAGCUAAUCAACCGUCAAAAUUCCUCAAAAUUGGUGACCCUAAGGGCAACAAUGUAGGCCGGUUGGUUGUCAUUCUGCUCUCUGGGCAGCGUAUCGACGUAGUAUGCGAUCGUAACAGGAUAACUGCGAGCCACUUAUUCCAGGCGAUCAUUCAAGCCGAGCAAUUGGAGGAGAACUUCACUCUUGGCUUAGCGGCUUUGUUAGCCGGAGAUUUUGCAAUGUUACCCCCAGAGACUAAGCUUCACAAAGUAGCGCCGCCUGGGUGGCUAAACGACAAAAAUAAAGCAGGACCCCUUUGUCUUCCAACGAGCUUUAUGCUUUACUUACGACAAAGAUUUUUUCUGCCGUCUUUACGGGGCAUCCGGAGCUGGAUUUCAAAGCAUUUGUUGUACCUUCAGAUAAGACGAUGUAUUUUAGAACAGCAGCUGGUCUGCUCAGUACCGCAGCUCGUCAAUUUGACAGGUCUUGCUCUUCAAGCGGAAUUUGGUAAUUACAAUGAGAAUGAACACGGUCGGGGAAAUUAUUUCCUUCUAGAGCAUUACGUACCCGAGACAUUGAUUCUAUCAAACUCUGAAGAAAGAUCCCAAGUGAAUUUAUCUAAUGAAACUCUAACAUUGCAGCUGCAUCAAGCGCACCAAAAUAGACGAGGACUAGAUCCUAAUACCGCUGAGGAAUUAUUUAUUACUCAUUCUCAAGAACUUGAUGAUUAUGGAUUGCAUCUUUAUAUUGCGACAAUUGAUGCUAGGGAGCUGAAUAAAAUUAUCCAGCAAUUGUCGAAAGAAUCUAAGCUUAAAAAAAUUAACUAUCAACCUAAUGAUACUAUUGUUAACGUUGAAGGUAAGGAAAACGUUUACGCUAUACCGAAAAAUAUUAGUCCUGAGGUUAACAAGAGUGUCAAAAGCAAUGAUAAAAAUAACAAAGUUAGAAAAGCAGAAACUAAUAUUUGGUUUGGGAUUUACGGCCAAGGUGUUAAAUUAUUCAAACGCGCUGGGCAAGUUAGGGAAAUAACGGAAUUAGUCCGACUUGAAUGGCGGGAUAUCCAUACGUUGACGUACAGCAAAAAUGGCCUUGUAAUUUAUACAAAACAAAAUGGCCGUAAGCAUCUUAAGUUUCAUCUCAAAAUGGAUCACAAGAAAAGUUACUAUGCUUUUAAUUUAACGUCUUUGCAUCAUCAAUUUUUCCAAAAAUUCAGAUCAGGAUUAACGUCGCAUCAAGAUUUGAUAAAAGAUUUUGGCGUUGCCUUGGUAACAGAAUCUUCUGCGAAUAUUAAAUCAAAAAGCAAAGUCAAAGUUAAGAUUGGCUCAGUGACAAAGGCUGCUAAUGUCACUGACAAGUCGUUGGAAGAUUCUCAGAACAAAGAAAAUGAAAAUCCUGAUAAAGAUUCAAGCCCGUCGCAAAUUAGCAAUGACUCUGUUUGCUACACGCCAGAAGAUGACGGGCUCUAUGCACAAGUUAAUGCACGCUUAGAGCCAGAAGGCGCUCGAUUGGAGCCGGAAGGCGCCUCCCGUGAUACUGAAGAUGAAAGUGAACGUGCUCAAUUGAAUGAACGUGAUAAAUUGGAUAACUGCAGAGUCUUUAGAGACGACGCGUAUAAUUAUCAAAGUAUCGGGCAAUUGUGUAAGUCUAUUUAUGAUAUUCCUAAGUUGAUGUCUUCCAAUGGUUAUAAAUCGAGUGAUAAAGUUGCGAUUCAUCCAGAAGAGCUUUAUGCCGCGAUUGAUAAGUCUGGCGGGUCUAAGAAGAAUCAAUUGCACGUUUAUCGCUCGACUGAGUCCGCUUCUGACUGGAACGCGGAAAAUGACGCUAAAAAUUAUAGUAAAAUAAAAACUUCAAGUCUUCCUAGUUCUAAUAGCAAUCCAGCUUCAGCUAAUCUUCAGCAAGAUCAGCAGGGUUCAAGGACACCUAGCUUGCCUAGACGAUUGGGGGUUAAAAUGGGCACCCGGGCUAUUUAUGGUAAUAGUUUGGCGCCCAAAGACUCGGCUGAUGAAUUUGAAUCAAUGUCGCUUAAAUCGGAUUCCGUUUCUUCAAUACGCUCGUUGGUUCAUUCCAAUGAAUCUCCUAUGGCUGAAGCAUAUGUUUUAAAUGCAGACUUGCGGAUUGAUGAUGAAACAUUUCAUAUAUCGAAUGAUGAAACUAUGUCGACGUCGCUUAUGGCACGACUGGAAGAGUUGUCGUUUGUUGAAGAACGGAUUUUACGCACAAUUAAAUUAGAAAGGGGCCAUGGAGGAAGUAUUGGGUUGCAAGUUACUGAAGGUAAUGACGGAGGUGUUUAUGUUCAAGCUAUUUCUGUUGGUGGCUCUGCUGAUAUGGCUGGAAAUAUUAAUAAAGGUGAUCGAAUCGUAGCAAUAAAUGGGCAUAGUCUACUUAAUUUUCGUUACGAAGAUGCGUUAAAGCUGCUGCAAAAUAGUUCUUGCCAAACGAUUGAAUUGGUCUUAUCACAAAUAAUUAACCAUAGUAAUUACAUUGAUAAUUACUCUUGUAAUCAAGAUAAUAUAAAGGCCACUCGAAAUCAACUACAAAGUACAAUUAAUGAUAAAUCAGAUAAUUCAUUAGACACACAAACAACUUCUAGUUUGACAUCAAGAUGGUUAGCGCCGUCUAAAUCAUGUGAUCCUACGGCGUCAGUUCAGAAUACUUCUAGCGCUUACAGCAGUGCUGCUUCUAGUACAAUGGGCAAUUAUGAUGCUAAAAAUUUUUAUAAUAUUGAUGGAAUUUCGAGGAAUGGAAUUAAUUCUGCUAGCAUACUGAUUAAUAUUGAAGACUUGGAUAUAAGUUCAUCCAGUCAUCAAGUUUUUAUAUAGAUCAGUUGAAUUAAAUAAUCCACCAGCAGUGCCAUUGCGUCGUAAAAAAACUUCAUCAAAUAAUAAAUUAUUAAAAAGUAAUUUAUCACCAAAACAACCAAUUAAAAAUAUAAUUAUUUCAUCAGGAGCAUCCAGCAG